GAGAAAACGAGAAGAUCGAAAAACGGAUGGAAUGAUUUCGGCACCAGUUGAAAUGUUCAACAAAGCGAGUUUUCUCACGAGACUCGUCGCCUCGUCUGUCCGAGUUUCAGAGGCUGCCGGGGGUCUUAUUAAAAAUGUCAUGGCCGGCGGAGAUCUCAAAAUCAUCGAUAAAUCGGAGCACGGAUCCGGCUACGAUCCACAAACGGAAGCAGAUCGUCGGGCUCAAUACUGCAUAGUUCAGUCUCUGCAGAAGCAUUUCAAGAAUAUUAAUAUUAUCGGCGAAGAGGAAGACACAACUGCUUGCCCGGAAAUCGAAAUGGGAUUCAGUGCGGACGUGCUCCAAAUGGAACGCCUGAUGAGCACGGAGCUCAAGAAUAUCCAGGAAAAUGAUGUUGUAGUCUGGGUGGAUCCGUUGGAUGGAACAUCAGAAGUCGCGUUGGCAGUUAAGAAUAAGAAUAUGGCAUUGUUGGAGCAGGUCACUGUGUUGAUUGGAAUCGCGUAUAAGGGACGACCGGUGGCUGGAAUUAUUCAUCAACCAUAUCAUGAGAAGCUUGGAAGGACGGUUUGGGCGAUUCAAGGUUGUGGAGUUCAUGGAGUUGUUCCGGCUACUGGAAAUGCUCAAAAAAUCGUGGUGACAACUCGAAGCCAUCUCAGCGAAUCUGUCUCCAACGCCCUCGAAGCUCUGAAAACUCGAAAUUUGGCGGAUAGCGUUGAAAAAGUCGGUGGAGCCGGAUUCAAGGUGCUCAAAGUUCUGGAAGGGUGUGCAGCGUAUGUCUUUGCAAGUGCUGGUUGUAAGAAAUGGGACACGUGUGCAGUUGAAGCCGUGUUGACUGCUGCUGGAGGAACUCUUACGGACAUUUCGGGCCGUGAUAUUCGAUAUGAGCCCGGUGUGCAGCUUAAUAAUACGGGAGGAGUACUGGCGACGGCUUCAUGGGUCAAGCAUAAGGAUUAUAUCGAUACGAUUCCACAAGAAAUCAAGAAUAUGUUGCCGGAGAUUUCAUCGAAAAAGUGAUCUGAAGCAUUCCAAAUUUAAUUUUUUUCCUUUUUAAUAUCAUUUUCUUUCAUGUCUAAAUAUUUUUCUUUCUUUUUUUAGUGUUGUAAAUGAAAUUAUGAAUUAUC